AUGUCGAUAAAAUUCUUCGUUACUUUUCUUUCGUUCGCUUGUUUCUUCACUCUCAGUUCAAGUCAACUACAAUGUUGGAGCUGUGAUCCAUGUCCUAUUCAACAUAGUAACACUUCAUCGUCAAUUUCGUCCAUCACUUGUUCCGUGUCGCAAGUUGUUUGUGUAAAAAAUACCAUUCGAGUACUUGGCCGACAAGCGCACAUCGUCAAAGGUUGCGUUGAAACGUGCACACAAAGUUCGAUGAAUUUCUUCAGUCAAGGACCAUCGGUGGAUUGUUGCAACACAGACUAUUGUAAUUCAGCGAGAAGAAAUCAAAUCAGUUUGUUAUUAAUUAUUUGUGCGCUAAGUUUUUUCCAGUGA